GGGCGAGUGCGGCGCCGCCACCGCCGGCAACUUUGUGAGCGAGUUCAGUGCGUGCGUGAGCGAGUGAGCGAAAAAGUCAGUGCGGCGCCGAGUCCGGGAGGAGGGUCCCCGGGGAGGGCCAGGUCUGGGCUUCAGAGGCCGCCCCCGAGCCACUUCAUCCUCUCCCGCCUCCCUGGCUCCCUCCCCAUUUCCUCCCCCCACGGGUCCUCCCGGGCCUUCCGCCCCCUUCUGCAGUUACCUGUCCCCUCCCCCACUCGGCACGCACCUCCCCUUUCCCCCGCGCCCACCUCCGACCUCCGGACCCUGGACUCGCAGCCGCGUCGCGCUCGCUCCCCGCGCCGGCCGCCCCCUCCGCUCUUUCUCCUGGGGGCAGGCGGGCGGAAUGGGGGGCGCUGAGCCUCGGAGGCGGCGCGAGCGGAGACCCGGGCGCCCAGACAAUAGUUGAUGCCGGGGGGACGGGGGCACCUCCGCCCCCCCACUUUGCCAGGAUCGCGGCCCCCGCCGGCAGCUCUCCAGCCUGCAUUCCGGGUCCCCCUCGGAGCCAGGCUCCGGAGUUGGGCACAUUCCGCCCCCGCCUCCCCGGACCCCCCUGCGUUCGGCGCCCGCCCCGGCCCGGCCUCGCUGCCUGCCGUUCUCCGCAGAGGAGGCGGCGAGGAGCGCGCGCCGACCGUCUACACGGUUUCUCUUUCUCCCCAGGGAGAGCGCGCGGCGGACGCGCCCCGGACGCGCGGCGGCACCCGGAGGCCGGGCCCAGCGGUUUUGAGAGGAUUCCUCAAGUUUGACCUCAAGCAAGAUUCACUACUAACUUUGAAGUAGAAUAAGGUUGUACAUUGUUCAUGUGGAUGCUAUUGGCUAAAUUUCUAUAGCAAUGGCACGAGAAUAUAAGAAAGCAUGGGAUUAUGACCAUCGCAGAGUCCCAGUAAUACAAGUUGCUUUUGGCUUUUUCUGAAGGAAAGCCGUCUAUUAAAGUGACGCAGAGGAGCUGUUGUGGAUUAUAAUGUUUUGAAGAUCGGGAUUCUUCAGAGGUUUGAAAAUAAGGCAUCGUUUAACCUUUUAAAUGACAAAGAUUAAGAUCUCAUGCAACUGCUGUGUUUUUUGGAAACCAUUCUCCAAAAGGGAAGUGCUCAUUUAAAAUUCAGAGAUGAUGGUCCUUUCUGCAAGGAUUUAAGUCUAAUUGCUUUUACAUCAUGACCAGCUUGAAACGGUCGCAGACGGAGAGGCCUGUUGCUACUGAAAGGGCCUCGGUUGUCGGCACAGAUGGCCCUCCCAAAGUCCACACUGACGACUUCUAUAUGCGGCGCUUCAGGUCCCAAAAUGGCAGCUUAGGCUCCUCGGUCAUGGCUCCCGUAGGCCCCCCGCGAAGCGAAGGUUCGCACCAUAUAACCUCGACCCCCGGAGUCCCCAAGAUGGGGGUUAGGGCGAGGAUUGCAGAUUGGCCCCCAAGAAAGGAAAAUGUAAAAGAAUCUAGCCGUUCAAGCCAGGAAUUAGAAACCUCAAGUUGCCUUGAGAGCUUGUCCUCCAAAAGCAGUCCUGUGAGUCAGGGAAGUUCUGUUAGCCUCAAUUCCAGUGACUCAGCCAUGUUAAAAAGCAUUCAGAACACACUGAAGAACAAGACGAGACCGUCGGAGAACAUGGACUCCCGAUUUCUCAUGCCUGAAGCCUAUCCCAGCUCCCCCAGAAAAGCUCUUCGCAGAAUAAGGCAACGGAGCAACAGCGAUAUCACCAUAAGUGAACUUGACGUGGAUAGCUUUGAUGAAUGUAUCUCGCCCACGUACAAGACUGGGCCGUCACUGCACAGGGAAUAUGGUAGCACAUCUUCCAUCGAUAAGCAGGGAACGUCCGGAGAAAGCUUCUUUGAUUUGCUAAAGGGCUACAAAGACGACAAAUCUGAUCGAGGUCCCACUCCAACCAAGCUCAGUGACUUCCUCAUCACCGGUGGGGGCAAGGGGUCUGGUUUCUCUUUGGAUGUUAUAGACGGGCCCAUCUCACAGAGAGAGAACCUCAGGCUCUUUAAGGAAAGGGAAAAACCACUCAAGCGACGUUCCAAGUCUGAAACUGGAGACUCCUCCAUUUUUCGUAAAUUACGCAAUGCCAAAGGUGAAGAACUUGGGAAAUCGUCGGAUCUUGAAGAUAACCGGUCAGAAGACUCUGUCAGGCCCUGGACGUGUCCAAAGUGCUUUGCCCACUACGAUGUCCAGAGUAUACUGUUUGACUUGAAUGAGGCGAUUAUGAACAGGCACAACGUUAUUAAGAGGAGAAACACCACCACGGGGGCUUCGGCGGCUGCUGUGGCAUCCUUGGUCUCUGGACCUUUGUCCCACUCGGCCAGUUUUAGCUCCCCGAUGGGCAGCACGGAGGACCUGAAUUCCAAAGGCAGCCUCAGCAUGGACCAGGGAGACGAUAAAAGCAAUGAACUUGUAAUGAGUUGCCCCUAUUUUAGGAAUGAGAUCGGUGGAGAAGGUGAAAGGAAAAUCAGCCUGUCGAAAUCAAAUUCUGGCUCCUUUAGUGGAUGCGAAAGUGCCUCCUUUGAGUCAACACUCAGCUCCCAUUGCACAAAUGCAGGAGUGGCAGUACUUGAAGUGCCCAAGGAAAACUUGGUGUUGCAUCUAGAUCGAGUGAAAAGAUACAUUGUGGAACAUGUGGAUCUGGGUGCAUACUAUUACAGGAAAUUCUUCUAUCAGAAGGAACACUGGAACUAUUUUGGGGCUGAUGAAAAUCUUGGUCCGGUGGCUGUGAGCAUUCGAAGGGAAAAACCAGAAGAAACAAAAGAAAACGGAUCGCCAUACAACUACCGAAUAAUUUUUAGAACGAGUGAGCUCAUGACACUGAGAGGUUCGGUUCUGGAGGAUGCCAUUCCCUCAACGGCAAAGCACUCGACGGCCAGAGGGCUGCCCCUGAAAGAAGUGCUGGAGCACGUGAUUCCUGAGCUCAAUGUCCAGUGCCUGCGGUUGGCCUUCAACACUCCCAAAGUCACAGAGCAACUCAUGAAGCUGGAUGAACAAGGGCUGAACUAUCAGCAGAAAGUCGGCAUCAUGUACUGCAAGGCUGGACAGAGCACCGAAGAAGAGAUGUACAACAACGAAUCCGCCGGCCCAGCCUUUGAGGAGUUCCUUCAGCUGCUAGGAGAACGUGUUCGACUCAAAGGGUUUGAGAAGUAUCGUGCACAGCUUGACACCAAAACUGACUCCACCGGGACCCACUCGCUGUACACAACGUACAAAGACUAUGAGAUCAUGUUCCACGUUUCUACCAUGCUGCCCUACACACCCAACAACAAGCAGCAGCUCCUACGGAAGCGGCACAUUGGAAACGAUAUCGUAACAAUUGUUUUCCAAGAGCCUGGAGCACAGCCAUUCAGCCCGAAAAACAUCCGAUCCCACUUUCAGCAUGUUUUCGUCAUCGUCAGGGUCCACAGCCCCUGCACGGAUGGCGUCUGUUACAGUGUGGCUGUCACCAGGUCCAGAGAUGUGCCUUCCUUUGGACCUCCCAUCCCCAAAGGGGUCACUUUCCCUAAGUCCAAUGUGUUCAGGGACUUCCUUUUGGCCAAAGUGAUUAAUGCAGAAAAUGCUGCUCAUAAAUCGGAAAAGUUCCGGGCCAUGGCAACUCGGACCCGCCAGGAAUACCUGAAAGAUCUGACAGAAAAGAAUGUCACCAACACCCCUAUCGACCCAUCUGGCAAGUUCCCAUUCAUCUCUCUGGCCUCCAAGAAGAAGGAAAAAUCUAAGCCCUACCCAGGAGCUGAGCUCAGUAGCAUGGGCGCCAUUGUGUGGGCCGUCCGUGCCAAAGACUACAACAAGGCUAUGGAGAUAGACUGCCUUCUAGGCAUCUCCAAUGAGUUCAUUGUCCUCAUUGAGCAGGAAACCAAGAGCGUGGUUUUCAACUGUUCCUGCAGAGAUGUGAUAGGGUGGACCUCAACUGACAGCAGCCUCAAAAUCUUCUACGAGCGGGGAGAGUGCGUUUCGGUGGAGAGUUUCAUUAACAGUGAGGAUAUCAAAGAGAUUGUCAAAAGGUUGCAAUUUGUGUCAAAAGGUUGUGAAUCAGUGGAGAUGACUCUGCGAAGAAAUGGGCUGGGACAGCUCGGCUUCCAUGUCAACUACGAGGGCAUCGUGGCAGACGUGGAGCCCUACGGCUAUGCCUGGCAGGCAGGGCUGAGGCAGGGCAGCCGGCUGGUAGAGAUCUGCAAGGUGGCAGUGGCCACUCUGAGCCAUGAGCAGAUGAUCGAUCUGCUGAGAACAUCCGUCACGGUGAAGGUGGUCAUUAUCCCCCCGCAUGAUGACUGCACCCCACGGAGGAGUUGCUCUGAAACCUACCGCAUGCCAGUGAUGGAAUAUAAAAUGAAUGAAGGGGUUUCAUACGAAUUUAAGUUUCCCUUCCGAAAUAAUAACAAAUGGCAGAGGAAUGCCAACAAGGGGCCUCAUUCACCUCAAGUCCCAUCCCAGGUACAGAGUCCCAUGACCUCGAGGCUGAAUGCUGGGAAAGGAGAUGGGAAGAUACCUCCUCCAGAAAGAACCACCAACAUUCCUCGAAGCAUCUCCAGUGACGGGCGCCCACUGGAGAGGCGGUUCGGAGUGAGCCGCAGAUCCCCAGCCUCCAUUGACAGGCAGAACACCCAGUCAGAUAUUGGUGGCAGCGGAAAAUCCACACCCAGCUGGCAAAGAAGUGAAGAUAGCAUUGCCGACCAGAUGGAGCCAACAUGCCAUCUCCCAGCAGUAUCAAAGGUACUGCCAGCUUUCCGAGAGAGCCCCAGUGGGAGAUUAAUGCGUCAGGAUCCAGUGGUUCAUUUGUCUCCAAACAAACAAGGGCAGUCUGACAGCCACUACUCGAGCCACUCCAGCAGCAACACCCUCUCCAGCAACGCAUCGAGUGCCCACAGUGACGAGAAAUGGUACGACGGGGACCGCACAGAAUCCGAACUCAACAGCUACAACUACCUGCAAGGCACCUCUGCUGACAGCGGCAUUGACACCACCUCCUAUGGCCCCAGCCACGGCAGCACGGCCUCCCUGGGGGCUGCCACGUCGUCACCUCGCUCAGGGCCAGGCAAGGAGAAAGUGGCACCCCUGUGGCACAGUUCCAGUGAAGUGAUCUCCAUGGCAGAUCGGACUUUAGAGACAGACGGCCACGGCAUGGACCGGAAAGCAGAGUCCUCCCUGAGCUUGGACAUCCACAGCAAGAGCCAGGCCGGCUCAAACCCUCUGACCAGGGAGAACAGCACUUUCAGUAUAAAUGACGCUGCUUCUCACUCGAGUACCAUGAGCUCCCGACACUCUGCCAGCCCAGUUGUCUUCACCAGUGCCCGAAGUUCACCUAAGGAAGAGCUUCAUCCUGCCAGCUCCUCGCAACUUGCACCUUCCUUCUCCUCCUCCUCCUCCUCUUCAUCGGGUCCUAGGACUUUCUACCCCCGCCAGGGCGCUACUAGCAAAUACCUGAUUGGGUGGAAAAAACCGGAAGGAACCAUAAACUCCGUGGGAUUCAUGGAUACAAGAAAGCGUCAUCAGAGUGAUGGCAAUGAAAUAGCCCACACCAGGCUGCGUGCCUCAACCAGGGACCUCCGGGCAUCGCCCAAGCCGGCCUCCAAGUCCACUAUUGAGGAGGAUCUCAAGAAACUCAUCGACCUUGAAAGCCCAACUUCCGAAUCUCAGAAGAACUUUAAGUUCCAGGCGCUCUCCUCUCCUCAGUCCCCUUUCCCUACCACCCCGACCUCGAGGCGGGCCUUGCACAGGACGCUGUCAGAUGAGAGCAUUUACAGUGGCCAGAGGGAGCACUUUUUCACCUCAAGGGCUUCGCUUCUGGACCAAGCCCUGCCCAACGAUGUCCUCUUCAGCAGCACCUACCCUUCUCUCCCCAAGUCUCUUCCACUGCGGAGGCCUUCUUACACCUUGGGGAUGAAGUCGCUGCAUGGAGAGUUCUCGGCCUCGGACAGCUCCCUCACCGACGUCCAGGAGACCCGCAGGCCGCCCAUGCCCGACCCUGGCCUGAUGCCCCUGCCCGAUGCUGCCGCCGAUUUGGAUUGGUCCAACUUGGUGGACGCCGCCAAGGCCUAUGAGGUCCAGAGAGCCUCGUUCUUUGCUGCUAGUGAUGAAAACCAUCGCCCUUUGAGUGCUGCAUCCAGCAGUGACCAGCUUGAGGACCAGGCUCUGGCCCAGAUGAAGUCUUAUAGCAGUAAAGAUUCCUCGCCCACUCUGGCUUCUAAAGUGGACCAACUGGAAGGAAUGCUGAAGAUGCUUCGGGAAGAUCUGAAGAAGGAAAAGGAAGACAAAGCCCACCUCCAGGCAGAAGUCCAGCACUUGCGAGAGGACAACCUGAGGCUGCAGGAGGAGUCCCAGAAUGCCUCCGACAAGCUGAAGAAGUUCACAGAAUGGGUCUUCAAUACCAUCGACAUGAGCUAGGGCAGGCUGAGGCGGAGAGGAGAGAGGACCACAGGGAGUGCUCUCUGUGAGGCUGGAAGCCCCUUGGUCAUGCCUUUGAAAGCGUCCUCAGCGCGCCCUCCCCAGCUCCCUACUUCGCCCCCUUUUGGGGAGUGCACAACACAACAAUUGCAGAUCAACAAUCAUUAUCUGCCUUUUGUAGAAAAGAGAAAAAUGAAGUAAAUAAAAAUUUUAAAAAGUAAAAUAAAAGUUUAACUGCUAAAAUGUGAAUGUCUUUAUUUUUUUGCACAAUAUCUUUAUCUGUU